ACGUCACUAUCGAUAUUAAAAAUGCUUAAAAAUAAUUUAUUAGGCGUUAUAUUAGAAAAUACUACAAUUAGUGAUUUAAAUUUGGAUAUCCUCAAUGAUAAAUUGAAUUUAAACAAUAAGUAUUUCACGGCUGAUGUAGAUAUUAGAGUGGCAAAUGUGGAAGAAUAUAUGGAUAUUGACUACACCGAUUUAGACGCACUUUUGGUAGUUUUUAGAUCGUUCGAUAAUCUAUCAGUUGAUUUCCUGAAGAAAGUAAAAGAAAUACAAAUCGACUCCAAGUUAGCGCUCUGUUUGGAUAACAAUAGCAACGAUGACGAGCUGGACAACCAUUUUAUCAACUAUGAUGUCGAGUAUAUCACCAGCAAUGAAAGAUUACUCGACGCAUUAUCAUCAGUUGGUUGGCAAUCCCUUCAAUUGAAGAGCGAUGAUAGAAAUAAAGGAGACGCAGAAGAUACCAUACAGGAUACUAAUGAAGACAGCACUAAUGACAGCUAUGAAUCGUUUGAUCAACUCCUCUCGAAACUUAACUAUUAUAAGUCACAGUUAAGUCAAAUAGACAACAUCGAACAAAGACAUGAAUAUGCAUCAAUUUUGGCACAAGAUAUGGCCUCUUUUAUUGGCGACGACGACGGUGCAGAUAUUGACGACCUUAAUUUAUAAUCUAAAAUAAUUUAAUCUCUCCCUCAUUAGCAUUCCCUUCUGUCCAUAAUGCUUUAACUUGCAGCUUAAAAUUUGACAUCAUUACACCCAAAUGCUUGAUUAUCUGUGCCUGUUCUGCAGAUAAUGUCUGUCCUUCUUUACAAACUGUAUGUGCUGAUAACAAUGUUGGUACACCCUUCAACAAACUUGUACUCAAUCCAAGUUUACGAAGUGAAGGUUCAAGCGUAUGUGGUAAAGUAUCGCCACUUGGUCUAUGUAUGAUUGGACCUUCUUCUAAUUCUAUCGUUUGGGUUGCGACGUUACCAGUUCUUGCGAAAUCAGGUUUACUGAAACUAUCAAACCACUCUUUAACCUCAUUUUCAUCCCAAUUCGUGAAGAAUAAACCUGCGCUACCUGAGAGGUGCUCAGAUAACUUAUAAAGUUCAGGUUUGUGUGAUGUUUCCGGUGUUGUACCCAAUGCAAUAGCCAUUACUUUCAGUCUACCAAAGAAUAGUCUACCUGUACCCUUCCAAGCGGCGCGAACGUCUUUCAAACUUGAGUUACGCAUAUCACCAGCUUCAAUAAUCCAACAAUAUUUGUUUUCAUCUGCAGCCUGUCUAAUCAAAUCGACUAAAGCUUCCUUAUGCUCUCUUGUCUUCUUCUCAGUCUCUGUUAAACUAACGAGUUUAUUCCUGCGUGAUUUUGGCAUUUUUUAAAUUUUGUAUCAGUUC